CCGAGAAAGCCAUUUAGCUGCAAGACGUUUUUCAAGUUGGCCUACAUGACGGAGAACAAUUGGCUGCGCGGAGGCCGUCUCUUGACGCAGCACGUCUCUUCUGAUGCUGCUGCUGACGCAGGUUCCGUCGUGACCAGCCUCUCCAUCGACGAUGAAUGGAUCGUUGUAGGCAUGGCUAACGCCAAGAUCCACGUUUUCGAUGUUCGAACCGGUCUCUUUGUCCGCACGCUUGAGGGUCACUCUUCAGGGGUAUGGUGCCUAACUGGCCUUGGCAGCAAUUUUGGAAGUCCCUGUGGGAGCGUUAGCGGCUUUGGCAACGAGGGCGCUAUCGUCGUCAGUGGGGGCUGCGAUCGCGAUGUUCGCGUGUGGGAUCUCACCACGGGCAAGUGCCUUCACGUCCUUCGCGGUCAUAAUUCUACAGUGCGAUGUCUCCGAGUCCUGGAAGGUCGAUCCCUAGCUAUCUCCGGAUCGAGGGACAGUACGGUGCGCGUUUGGAACAUCGAGACGGGUCAGCUAGUCCACCUGCUCUCAGGACAUCUUCAUUCUGUUCGUUGUCUGGAUGUGGCCGGCAACAAGGUUGUCAGCGCCAGCUACGAUGCCACAUGCCGCAUUUGGGACAUCGAUACAGGCGAGUGCCUCCAUGUCCUGCGCGGACACUAUCACCAAAUCUACGCAAUCGCCUUUGAUGGCGUUCACGUUGCCACAGGCAGCCUCGAUUCGACGGUCCGCGUGUGGAGCGCGGAGACUGGCGAAUGUCUCGUCGUGUUUCAAGGUCAUACCUCGCUGGUGGGCCAGCUACAGCUGAGUGACAACAUUCUCAUCACUGGAGGUUCCGACGGAAAGAUUAUGGUUUUCUCGCUCGAUACAUUCACGACGGUCCACCAGCUCCUGGCUCACGAGAAUAGCGUCACUUGCCUUCAGUUCGACGAUCGCUUUAUCGUCACCGGCGGCAACGACGGUCGCGUGAAGCUGUGGGACUUUAGGACAGGGGAAUUUAUCAGAGAGCUCUCGGAGCCCGGCGAGCAAGUCUGGAAGGUCUCGUUCAGAGACGACAAGUGCGUGGUUCUCUGUCGGCGAAACGACCGGACAGCCAUGGACGUCAUAUCAUUUCGCCCAAUCGAAGAACCCUCUUCUUGA